AUGUCGUCAUCAUCAGACGAAGAGCUCAUUGUGCGGCGAAAUGUGAGUGCCACGCAGGCAGUGGGUGAUCGGCGUAGCCGCAGAUCCCGUGUAUCGCGUGCUCAAGAAUCGAAGCUGAGAGCCCUGGAGGAAAUGAGACGCGCACGUGAGAGCGGUGGCGUGCAUCGUGUUGACGUAAGUUUGCUUACGGAGUUGCAUCGUAGCAUGCUUUUUUUCCUGAUUCUUUUUUUAUGCGUUUUUGCAUAUAUGUAA